GUUUGUUUACGGAAAUCGCGAGAAGCACGGAAACCAUUCGAGGAAGGAUUUUUUCUCGAAAAAGUGUAAAAUAUUCACGGAAACCUCCUGUUUCUUCGCUCCUGUUUAGUAAUAAGUUUUUUUAGUUCUCCCGUACGGCACCCUAAACAUCAAAGUAAACACCAAAUUCUAUGGUAGUUUUUGCGAAAAAACGCGUUGAACGGCUUAAUCCAAGCGGUAGAUCAAACUAAUCUAGCCGAUCAUCAUUCUCACGACAGAGGAGUGCUGGGAAAUACCAUUCAAGUAUUGUUUACUAUACAUCUCAUCGUAUGACCUAGAUAAGAUUGAUCAAAGUACCCAGAAGAUAAAGAAACCAUGACCCAUUGCAUGCGAUGCAGUAAACUGGAAAUUGAACUGGAGAUAGCCAACAAAACGAUCAGUAUACUGAACGAAGCGUAUGAUGAGCUCAACAAAAAAUACGCUUCCAUCGUGGGAUUACCGCAACAAGACAUUAGUAACAACGAUGGAAUAGAAACGUUUGAAUCAUUGAUUGAGCAAGUCACCCAAACGGAACACUGUAUCCAGCAACAGCCGGAAUAUACGUUGGUUCCGGUUGAUUCGUUUCAAGAUUUAGAACGCUUAGAGGCAGACGCUUCUUCAGCGGAAUUCGUGAGAGUCAUACGUUCCAACUUUGCGAAGCAACAUGAAGAUCUGCAAAAUGAAAGUGGCGCCAGCAUGUGCUACCAUGUGAUCGAUCAGUUUUUUAGUAGAACAUUUCUUACGACGUGUUCAUGGACUGGUGCAGCAAAAAAUCGAGCAGGAACCGAAAAAUACAUCACCAAAAUUCCAUUGGCUGCAUUUCCAAACACAAUCCAACUAUUCUAUCUUAUAGUAAGCGAUGUCGAUCCUAGGUUUACUUUUGAAAAAGUGGAGAAGUUCCUUCGACACUGUUGCUGCCAUGCUGUUCAGCGAUCACGACAGAAACGGGUUAAAAAAUCGAUCCCAAGAGCAAAGCUAAAGAAAAAAAAUGUACAGAAACAUCCUGUCAGCUCUCCACAGCCCCAAACACAAGCACAGCAAAUUAAUUUGAUACAUCAAGACUAUGAAAUUAUUCAAAGCGAUUAUAUUCAGCAAGAGUGUGAAGUAUCUGAAAACAGUUUAAUUCAGCAACCAUGCGAAGAAGUUCAAAAUCACUUGAUUCUACAGCAUUGUGAAGAAGAUCAUAAUAGUUUGAUUCAUCAUCAAUCUGAAGUACCUUCAAAUAGUUUAAUUCUGCAUCAAUGUGAAUUAGACCAAAAUAAUUUGAUUCAGCCACACAUUGAAACAUCUGAUAAUAACGUGAUUCACAUAAGCUUCUCUAUGCUUCCAUAACAACAACUAGUACAUAGAAUGGGGUAAUUUUUCCGGUCCAGAUAAAAUACCAGUUAUUUUUUUUUUUUAUUCCUACCCCGUACGAAUUACAAAAGCUCUGAUAGACGACUAUCGAACUCAAUGGUAAUAAAUAGAUCAACAAUAAGCGUA